CACGCUCUCACGUUGAGGAACUCUGCUGCCAGGCUCUGGGAGGAUGCUGCUGCUGCUAUGCCAACUCUUGCUGGGCACCCUGAGGGGUCAUUUGGCUGCAGCGUCCUCGCACUCCACCCUCUGCACCAGCGAUGCCUGCUACACGGCGCACAUGGUCGGCAAGCCCUUCUGGGAGGCGCUGGACAGCUGCAAGGCCAAUGGGGGGAACCUGGCGACAGUAAAGGACGAAGGGGAGGCGAAGCACAUCCAUCGGCUGCUGGAGUCGAGCCUCGCCGGGUCGCCGUCGACGGGCGCCCGCUGGAGGUUCUGGCUGGGGCUCCAGCUGCCCCGCCGGCACUGCUACCAGCAGCACAAGCCUCUGAGGGGCUUCGUCUGGACCUCGGGAGGCGAGGACACCACCUACUCCAACUGGGCCCGGGAGCCCCUCAGCACAUGCACCGCCCACCGCUGCGUCCACCUCGCCGUCUUCUCCUCCUCCGACCCCGGAGCCUCGGGAAGGCGCUUCGCCUGGGCGGAUGGCGUGUGCGGUCACGGCCGGGUCGAAGGCUACCUCUGCAAGUUCAGCUUCCGGGGCAUGUGCCGGCCCAUCGAGCUAGCCGGGCCCGGCUCGGUCACCUACACCACCCCGUUCGACGCCGAGAGCGCCACCCUGGCCCUGGUGCCCUUCGGCUCGCUGGCCGCGGUGUCGUGCCGGGGCUCCGGGUCGGACAGUUACACCCUGUGCCAGGAGACGAGCCCCGGCUCGUACGGCUGGUCGCCGGACGACCCCCUGCGCUGCGCCCGUCCCUUCGGCUGCGAGGCGGACAAUGGCGGCUGCGCCCAGCUCUGCGUGGACGGUUUGGGCGGGAGGGCCUCGUGCCGUUGCCUGGACGGUUACAGACUCGCGGACGAUCUUCGCUCGUGCUUACCCCUGGAUCCCUGCCUGGGACGCCCCUGUCCGCCCCUGGAUCCCUGCCUGGGACACCCCUGCGAGCAGCUGUGCGUCCAAAGGCCCGAAGGCUUCGAGUGCUCCUGCCGUGCGGGCUACGUCCCGGCCGAGGACGGGCGCGGCUGCCUGGACGUCGACGAGUGCACCUCCCAGCCCUGUGCCCACCGGUGCCAGAACACGCCGGGGUCCUACACGUGCCAGUGCCGCCCCGGCUACGAGGCCAGCGGGCACGCCUGCGUCGACGUGGACGAGUGCGCCGGGCAGCCGUGUCAGGGGCCCUGCUCCAACACCCAAGGCAGCUUCCAGUGCUCCUGCAGGCCCGGAUACACCUUGAGGGCAGAUGGGGUGUCCUGCGCCCCACUGGACGUGGUCAGCACCUCACAGGCCAUAGUCAGCAUCCCGACCGCCCCGGCUACGGACUGGAACACGGAGGCCGCAACCUCCGACACCUUGCCAACAGCCCUGGGGAUCCGCUUGGGGUCCACCGCAGACAGGCCAGGAGGGGCAACCACGAAAACUGGGACUGUCCUGUAUUUUAGCAUCGGGAGCCGGUCACCGGUCACAUCGCCCGUGGGCAGGGAGCUCCACGGCACGGACAGCGUGCCCGAUCCAGUGAGAAACGAGGCGGAUAGAGGCUGGCUCCUGGCCUGCGUCCUGGGUUCACUCUCCGCUGGCCUGCUCCUCCUUUGCAUAGUGGCUGUAAUUCUGUGUUGUCGCCAUAGGGCUGCGAAAGGUAAGGCUGACAAUAGUGGGCAAUUCUCCAGCUGGAUCCAAGCGCCGGGGCCACCAUCAUUUAGAGCCACAGGCAAAGCCACGUCUGCCUGCUCUUCCGUCAACAACUACAUCGAGAUGGAGACGGAUCAGACUGCAAUCUAGAUCAGAAUAAACAGGGGUCCUUCUCAAAAUCCGCCGUUUCGACAAAAAAACAACUAAAAAAAUGAAGUCAUCUUGGAUCAGUUACUACAAAAUAAGUUUCUUUGUUUGAGAACCGUGAACCAAGUCCAUUUCUGUUCCUUGACAAAGGAUUUCCUGCGACAACCGGUUUUCCUUCAUUCUGAUAUGAACUUUACAAAAACAAAAUUUUGCAGAUGCUGGAAAUCUGAGCUAAUGCCAGAAAAAUGUCGCAAAUACUUGCAGAUCCAGCAGUAUCAGUGGAAAGGGAGAAGUGAGCGAGAAAAAGAGUUAAUGUUUCAGGUCUGUGACCUGUCAUCAGAACUGCAAUGGGGAGUGUUGGCAGCAAUUUUUCUUCCUGUAUAAACUUAGCUGGGUUUGUUGAAGUUUACACUUGCUUUCUAAAGCUACCAAUAGUGUAGCGCAAUUGCAAAGUUUUAUCUAUAGCUAUGCACUCUUCUUGUGGUGUACUGGUACGAAUUGAGACCAAAAACUUAACAUGUUACAAGGUAGGUUUUAUAAUCUUAGGAGAAUACCGGUAUGAUCUAAUCACUAUUAUUAUGCAUUUUUUGUUUAACCUACCAGCAAAUACUUUCAAAUUAAGAUAAGUGAACCUUGUUCAAAAUUAAUUUUGCUGAGUGUACAAAAUUAAAAUAUGCUGGAUAUUAAUAUACUAAAUGUUACUUCCUCAAAAUAUUCAGUCGGGAAGGCAAAGGUCACACUCCAUGUUGUCAAUUGAUAGUGCUCUCACUUCCAGCUGAAGCAAGUUCUAAGUUCAGCUGCCAGUCCAAAGAAUUAUAAUUAAGGCUGGCACUCCACAGCAAUAUUAGUAGAGAUGCUUUUCAAAUUAUUUCAUGGAUAUGACGAGGCUAGUUAGUUGCCCACCCCUAAUUGUCCUUGAAUUAAGUGUCUUGUCAGAUCAUUUCAGAGGGCAGUUAAGAUUCAACCACAUUGCUAAAGGUUUAGAGUCACAUGUCAGCCAGACCCGGUAAGGACGGCAUAUUUCCUUCCCUGAAGGACAAUCAUGGAUCACUGGGUUUUUAGCAAAAAUUGAUGACAGUUUCAUGGUCAUUGUUACUGAGACUAACUUUCAGUUCCAGUUUUAUCAAUGAAUUUCACGACCUGCCAUGGUAUGAUUUGAACCUGUAUCUUCAGAGCAUUUUCCUGUGCCUCUCAAUUACUAGUCCAGUGACAUUACUACUACGUCUAUUUAAAAUGUUGCCUCAAGUUCUUUCUCAAGUGGAAGUUAAACAUUUCAUGUUACUGUUCUCAGGAACACCUGAUAAAAAGCUAGUUAUCAAAAUUGUGUCUCAUAAAUAUGAGUGACAUUGACAACUUAGAUUUUAUCCAAAGAUUGAAAGCAAUGAGUCAUUGUGAAUCGUUAUUUUGCAGAGUGCAGGAUAGUAGACAGCCUGAAGGGUCAGUGGUAGGACCACUGCUUUAAUUGAUAUAUAAAAAUAACUUGGAUAUUGGAAUGCAGAGCAAAAUUUGCCAAUGAUCCCAAACUUGGAGGACUGCCAAACAGUGAGAGUGAUAUAAAUGAGUGCAACAGGACAUCAUGAAGCUGGCUGAGGGGUGCAGACAAGCGCCAGCUCUUGUUUAAUAUGCAGAAAUGUGAGGUGAUGCAUUUUGGCAGAAUAGAUAGAAAGAGACAAUAAAGAUAGCACAGUUCCAUAGGGAAAGAAGGACCUUUAGAUUUUUGUAAAGUUGCAGGGCAUAUUAGAAACUGGUUAGCAAAGGUGCUGAGUACAGAAGUAAGGGAGUUGUGCUGAACCAUGUAAAGUUAUGGUUAGAUCACAGUUGCAUCCAGUUCUGGACAACACAUUUAGAAAAGAUGUGAGGAUCCUUGAAAGAAUGCAAAGGGGAUUUAUUAGAAUCGUUCCAGGGAUGAAAAAAUUUAGCCACAAGGCUAGGUUGGAGAAUCUCCUCAUUGGAGCAAAGGAGAUUGAGUGGAGAUUUGAUAGAAGUACACAAGAUUAUGACAUGUGAACAGUGUAUGAUAAAACAGUUCUCAUUAGUUGAUGCUACAGCACUAAGCGCACAGAUUUAAGGUUUGGGCAAGAGACGCAGGUGGCAGAUAAAAAGAAGAAUUUAGUUUACACCAAGUGGUAAUGACUUGGAACUUGCUGCCUUCAAGGGUAAUGGAAGCAGAGACGACCAAUUCUUUCAAAAGGAACGUGGAUAAAUACUUGAAGGAAAUAAUCAUUUAGGGCUAUGCAGACAGUGCAAGGGAAGGAGAUUGAUUUUCCAGAGAAAGCUGGCAUGGACUUGAUGAGCUGAAUGACCUCCUUCUGUGCCAUUAAUCCAUGGCUCUGGGUCUAUAAUUGUAUACCUUGAAAAGUAAGGGAACUGCCCUGGUGUCCUGCCAAUAUUCAUUCCUCAAGUAGAAUCUCAAAAAGCAGAGUAUUUAAUCAUUGUCACAUUGCCAUUUGUAGGAGCUGUUGUGUGCAAAUGGCUGCCAUGUUUCCGAGUCACAAUGCUUCAAAAGUAUUUUAUUAGCUGUGAAGCACUUUGCAGUGUCUAAUGAUUGUGAAAGAUGCUGCACAAAUAUAGAUUUUUCUUUCUCCUUGACUAUUUCUUCAGAUUCCAAAUAGACUUUUGAAAUCUUCACAAAAUUAUGUAUCUGCACUAACCAAAUAUAUUGAACGAAAGUUUGAUGUGAAAGACUCCAAGCUACCUUCAAAAUCAAAUUGACUAACACUAAAGGUUUAUAAAAAAACCGAAAGAACUGCGGAUGUUGUAAAUCAGGAACAAAAACAGAAGUUGCUGAAAAAGCUCAGCAAGUCUGGCAGCAUCUGUGAAGAAAAAUCAGAGUUAACAUUUCAGGUCCGGUGACACUUUCUCAGGACUGAUGGUAGCUAGGAAAAUGUUGGUUUAUAUGCAGAAGAUAGGGUGUGGGAGGGAGUAAGAAGUACAGUGGACAAGAAAAAAGAUUGGACCGGAAACUCCGUCAGAGAGAGGAGCAGAACUUCUUCAGGGUGGGCAUGUCUGGAGGCUUAUGUUAGACUUGGGAAGAGGUAAUGUAUGGGUGCUCAAGGGGCCAGUUUGGGACCCAUAGCAUAUCAAAUUCACAUUGAUAAUUUGCAUUAGUACUUUCCUGGGCCAAACUCUCGUUUUCUUCCAUUGUAAGUUUUGUAGUUAAUGAAUAGAAAUAUCAGAGACAUGGCUUAACUUGAUAUUUAUGUCAUUUCUUGGAUGGGAGCAGGGUUUUAUAGAUCUCUGCCAAAGUCUUGGUCAAUUAGGCAGUCCCCAUAGAAAUUCAACCUUCAGGAUUCAGAAGCUUAAAAUUAAACUUAUUUUCGGAAAUUAAUCAAAUUUAUCAAUGUCGCUAAAUCAGAUAAUAGUAUUGAAUGGACAAUGGAAUUGCUGAGUUUGUUAAAAUAUAUGUGGGGAGAAUAAUGACAGUUGAAAGAAUACAAAGAUGUUUAAAAAACAAUAUAGAGGAAGAAAAAUGGUUAACAGAAAUUCACUACAAAUGGAACUACUUUAAGAAAAAAUUAAAUGCAGCAGUGAAGAGACUGUGGACUCUUACUGAAAGAUUCCACUAAAAUGGGAAAAUGAAUCUUCCUUGUCCAUACUUGCCUGUGAUCUGGUGACACUGAUCUGUUGAUUUAUCUGGAAUGUAGGGAGCAUUAUUCUCGUCCUUUACAGCAUAGAAGUGAAAUUAAAUGAUAAGUCACUUAGUGAUUGUCUGCCCCAAGCACCUUGAAGCAUAAAAAGUGACAAAGUAUUAAAGAUAUGUGCUAGUAAAUGGAAUGAGCUUAGAUGUUGGAUUCUGUGUAGGACCCAAGUUAGCAUCUUUAAGUUGAAAAUAAAUCUAAAAGAAAACUAUUUGACAUUUUUGAUUGAUGUUUUAAACUUAAAAUGUAAAUUGAAGGUAAACAAAUAUAUGACACUGCAGAGUCUCACUGUGCCUAUAAAUGGUGCUUAAAGAGCCAUAUUUAGAAUCUUACGCAUAAAGAUCCUGAGCUUUUAUACAAUUCAAUUUCAACCCGUUAAUAAUACAAGAAUCUCAAAGCUCCUGCUCCAUGUUCUUCCGAAGAGAAAAUUUGUUACUUAAAAUGUUAAGUAAUAACUCAGAUGCAGUUAUUUCUCUCAAGCUUCCUUUAAAUCCUUCCCAACAUCUUGCAGUCAGUGAAACUAUGCAGUAUCAGAGUGAAAUUUUAAUUCUGUGCUGCUGGCAAAAGCUCUGACUGCUGGUAGUUCCUGUUAGAAAUUCGGGUAUGCCCUAUCCAUAAUUCUGACUGCUUCUUAUCCCUAAAUUGUUGCCAUACACUACCAAUAGGUUUCAAAAUAUUUCCUAUUAGAAGCCACCUUACAUACAUGGUAUCAGAUUUGUAUUAUUUUAAGUAAUAGUUUUAAAACUCCAAUAGACAUAUUUGGAAACAUGGCAGGAUUUACUUAUGCUGCUUAAUUGCAUAUUUAUGAAUUGUACUAAUUUAAUUGAUUUAUAAAUGUUGAUUAGAUUAGUAGCAGUAUAAAUUUUCCCACUUAAUGCAAAUGCUAUAAUAGCCUGUUACACAAGCAUACUACUGUGGUACUGUCAUAUUAAAAUCCUUUUUUAUAAAAUGUAUGACAUCUUAAAAUAUUAGCUCUGUCUUUUCUGUUACUUCUUCCUGCCAUCUCUUUGAUUUUUGUUCGAUUUUGAUCAGAGGUGAAUUGACACAAACUCCUAAAGUCAACAUUGAAGAUUGUGUAGCCAAUUGGCCAAAUGCAGAAUGGCUCAAUACCAAAUUUAAUUAUACCCUUCAGUUUUACCCUGUGUUACACCUGAUGUGCAUUGAGCUUGUUUGAACCCACUUUCAGGGAGCCUUGGGCAACACAACAUUGGGGAAGUGCCACCAGAAUGCAUUGCAUCCCGGCACUUUGGGUAUCUGUCCUCUCUGGGCACAUGGUUAAGGAAAAUUGAGCCAAACAUCCUCCCAAGCAAACAGCCUUGUUUGCAUGUGUGUAAUUUCACAAGAGCUAUUACGGAGGAAAAGAGGGGAAAGGAAAACAGCAUGCAUUCCUCAAAAUUUAGAUCAUGAGCCAAGGUAGUUUGAGGACUCUAAAAUAUUGGUUUUGCAUCAUAGCUGUCUGCAGUGCAGUCCACAGUGGUAUAAACUUGGCUUGACACACUCCUGGCACUAUUCCAGGAUGACUGAGCCAUUUCUCAGUCAAUAUUAUUGAUAGUUAAAAUGUUUUCACAUGUAAGUUUCUAAAGGGUUGUUAGUGAUGUGGCAAUUGUUUCUAAAAUAUAUGUCUGCCUAAUCUGUAUAUAUUUGUUAUGAGUUUGCCAUGAUUUCAAACAACAAAUAAAAAAAACAAAUCACAAAGUUGAUUUUAUAAAAUUGAAGCAAACUGGCUCAGUCUUGGUGGGUGAUAAAGAUGUUAAUGUGAUGAUACAGACCAAAUGUAACAAGUCGGCUUCCUGGUUUUGUGCUGAGUCAGUUUACCUCGACUGAGGCAAAAGUCUUGGUGCCACAAUUGUCAUGAAGAGAAGCAAUCUAAAUGUUUUUUUUAAAUCUUGUAUGGACCUACAUGAAUUUGCUUUGAACUCUUAAACAAAGAUUAAGUUUAAGGAAGAGGGACUCUGUACAACAGCGACAAUGUUGCAUCUGCAAGUGGCAUGGAGGUCAGAUGGAGUCAUUCAAUCUGGAGAACUGGAGAGGUUUGGCCAAGUCACACGGCCCAGUUUGUGAGUGAGAUAAAUCUAUUGCAUUAUUGAACUCAGUGAGAGAGAAAUUGACCCUAUAGAAGAUCAACAGCCCAUUGUUCUCGCUCUCUUUUUUUAUGACCCCUCUCAGCAAAAUGUAUGAGAUGAUAGCCGACCAGAAGUCAUCUUUACCUCUCAUGGAGGAUUCCUAGAGAGGAUUUGAUGGUAUUUACUCCAUCAUCUGGAGCCAAAGGAAUUUAGCCAGCUGCACCUUUUCAGGAAGGCAUCACAGUGCCAGCAGCUUGUGUGUGUACAGAAUACUUCAGAAGCAGAACACCAUUUGGGACAAUUCAUGACUCAUCCAUUUUUAUACUGAUUUUGUCUGCUACCUGACCAAAGUACUUUAAAUUAAACACAGUGUGAUUUUCAUU